UCACGUCCUCUCAGCUUAUUUUACCUCACAGGAUUGUUGUGGUGAUUAAAUGAAUCCAGGAGGAGACCAUGUUUGCCACCUUGAGCUCUUUGAAGAAAAAAGAGACUCUGCAGCCACCAAACCAAGAUAAAUUGCAUCGAGAUGAUGAACGAGUCCUGGAUAGGGUGGAAGGCUAUGAACCUGUUUUAUGUACUGGGAGACAUGCAGUACGAUCCUAUGCAUGUGGAAGUCAUGUCAAGUGCCAUCUUCCCAGCUCCUUUCCCUCUCUUUUUCAGUUGCUAUGGUGCAAUGAGAGAGCAGGCUGAAGAAUCGACUUGUUGGGUGGAGCAAGCCUCUUUUGAAAUUUGAACCACUCAGACUCUGGAGAUACUGGUGUCACCAGGAUACUUCAGCAACCGCCUAUAGAGUGAAACUUCCACUCCAGGAAGAAGAAAAAGGGUGUGAUACUGGAACUGAACAGUCUCCUAUAUGUGAUCACAUUAUUUUUUUUCAAAAGAAGAAGCUCGAGAGAGAUUUGCCAUCACAGCAGGAAUGUACCAGGAAGAUGACUGGAAGAAUUCAGCAGUGAGGAAAAAAAGAGCAUCAUCUGAUGAGUUACUUUCUCACACUGCAUCGCCGGACUUGAUACCCUCCUUCCUUUCUUCUGCGGAGUAAUGGUCCUGAGCAUUCCACUGUUUUGAGGCAUCACCAUGUCUACCAGCAGCCGUACGUGUCCUGUACCAACAGUCAAUGGACACAUGACUCAUUACCCAGCUCCGCCGUACCCGUUACUUUUCCCUCCUGUCAUUGGUGGACUCUCCCUUUCAACUCUGCAUGGCAUUCAAGGCAACCCGCCAACCAGCGGCUGCAGCACCCCAUCACCAGCAACAAUUGAAACUCAGAGCACCAGUUCUGAAGAACUUGUUCCCAGCCCGCCUUCCCCGCUUCCUCCUCCUCGUGUUUACAAACCCUGCUUCGUUUGUCAGGACAAAUCUUCUGGAUAUCACUAUGGCGUCAGUGCUUGUGAGGGAUGUAAGGGUUUUUUCCGCAGGAGCAUUCAGAAGAACAUGGUUUAUACAUGUCACCGAGAUAAGAACUGUGUUAUUAAUAAAGUCACUAGGAACCGCUGCCAGUACUGCAGACUACAGAAGUGCUUUGAAGUGGGAAUGUCCAAAGAAUCUGUCAGAAAUGACAGGAACAAAAAGAAGAAGGAGCCUUUAAAGCAAGAGUUUAUGGAGAAUUACGAAAUGACGGCAGAGCUGGAUGACCUCACAGAGAAAAUCCGAAAAUCUCACCAGGAAACCUUCCCUUCUCUCUGCCAGCUGGGCAAAUACACUACGAACUCUAGCGCUGACCAUCGAGUUCGGCUGGACCUUGGGCUCUGGGACAAAUUCAGCGAACUUGCGACCAAGUGCAUUAUUAAGAUAGUGGAAUUUGCAAAACGGCUGCCUGGUUUUACAAGUUUGACAAUUGCAGACCAGAUCACACUACUUAAAGCUGCAUGCUUGGACAUCUUGAUCCUUAGAAUUUGCACAAGAUACACGCCCGAACAAGACACGAUGACGUUUUCCGACGGCCUUACACUGAACCGAACUCAGAUGCAUAACGCUGGAUUUGGUCCCUUGACGGAUCUUGUGUUCACAUUUGCCAAUCAGCUCCUGCCCUUGGAAAUGGACGACACGGAAACUGGCCUGCUCAGUGCCAUCUGCUUAAUCUGUGGCGACCGCCAGGACCUCGAAGAACCAGCUAAGAUAGAUGAACUACAGGAGCCAUUGUUGGAGGCUCUCAAAAUAUACAUCAGAAAAAGAAGACCCAACAAGCCUCAUAUGUUUCCAAAGAUCUUAAUGAAAAUCACAGAUCUACGCAGUAUCAGUGCAAAAGGUGCUGAACGUGUUAUUACAUUGAAAAUGGAAAUCCCUGGCUCUAUGCCGCCUCUCAUCCAAGAAAUGUUGGAAAACUCAGAAGGACACGAACCACUGACCCCAAGCUCAACCGGGACCACAGCAGAGCACAGUCCUAGCAUCUCCCCAAGUUCCGUGGACAACAGCAGUGUGAGUCAAUCCCCACUGGUGCAAUAAGACGUUCUCCAGCGACAUUCCUAACAUUUUAUAGACAGGGAUGAGACGCAAGAAUAGUCUUUGCUGCUGCUCAUUUUCUGGACUUAUAUAUAAACACACUAAAACCCAACAAGGACCAAGAACUUUUCAUGUGUACCCGUAUUAUAUGUGUACACACACACACACACACACACACACACACACACACAUAUACCCAAACAGAUGCCUUGCAGCUUAACUUGAAACCAUAAACUUUUGAAAUGCUAAAUGAACUAGUUCAUGAAAUAAUAAACUAGUUAAGCUUCAAUUGUUUCUGCUGGAAAUCCAAGAUUGUACGGUGACAAGACAGAUCUCAAACAAGAGGUUAAAAUUAUGGUUUUUACCCAUUUCUGAUGACUUUGUACAUAAACAAAAUAUAUGGGCCUGUACUUUCUCGACUGGAUGUUUGGUGCUUUCCUUUUCUCUUGCGUACAUGAAAUGACCCAGACAUCAUGCUUACGAAAUGGACCGCUUACAUGUCCAGGUGAAAAAAAGUUCUAAGAGAGACAUUCUAAUUUAGUUAGGAUGAAAACUUGUCUUUGCUCUUUUUUUUAAUGGCCUCAGUUUGUAUUUCUUUCUUUCCCAGUAAAAGGAGACAAAGAAAUUUGCUGCACUACCAGAAGGAACUUCUGUAUACAUGUAACUGCCAGACCAGUUAUUUGGAUGUAAUUUGUUUUACUGUUAAUGUCACUUUAAAAUUUACAAGGGGGUUUGUUACUUGGCUGACUUCUCUGCAUUUAAAAAUAAAUACUAAAUUUUUAACUUCAGUUAUAGCCUUCAAGGCAGAAACACUUUCCAGUGUUAAUGUUUUUGUUUUUGUUUCUCUUGUUCACAAGCUGUUAGGGGGAAAUUUGUGGGCUAAUAAUGACCAGGCAUACUCACUACCUCUGAAUUGGUGACACUAGUGAAAACAAAUAUGGAGAAACUGUCCCCCCCCACCAGCCCCACAGUCCUCCUCUGGUAACAAGGGGCUGUCACUAGAAUACCCAAAAGCAGAGAUGAGAAUCUGCCUCUUUGACUUUGUUAAUCACCAUAAAACAGAGUGGAAAAUGUGGUAGCGUGGUUACAAUUUUUAAGUGUCAGUUUCUUAGGUUUCAUUUUAAAGCACUAGUGAAUUUUUUUUAUAUAUUCUAGCAAGUCUGUGAUGUACUUUCACUGGCUCUGUUUGUACAUUGAGAUUGUUUAACAAUGCUUUCUAUGUUCAUAUACUGUUUACCUUUUUCCAUGGAAUCUCCUGGCAAAGAAUAAAAUAUAUUUAUUUUA